AUAAGGUUCUGGGAAGUAGGAGACCCCACUGGCUUUGGUCCCCUAAGAAUGGACUCUGCUGCCUGUGGUGCUGCUGCCACCCCUGCUCCAGCCCUGGCUGUGGCGCUAGCUCCAGACCUAGCACAAGCCCCACUGGCACUCCCUGGCCUGUUAAGCCCAUCUCCCCUUCUCUCCUCUGGACGAGAAGUAGAUGGGAGUGAAAGAGGAACUUGUCUCUGGAGGCCCUGGCUGUCUUCCACAAAUGACUCCCCAAGGCAGAUGAGGAAGCUGGUGGAUUUGGCUGCUGGUGGGGCAACGGCUGCUGAGGUCACCAAGGCUGAAUCCAGGUUCCAUCACCCUGUCAGGCUCUUCUGGCCUAAAUCCCGCUCCUUCGACUAUCUGUACAGUGCUGGGGAGAUUUUACUGCAGAACUUUCCUGUCCAGGCAACCAUCAACCUAUAUGAGGACUCAGACAGCGAAGAAGAAGAGGAAGAUGAAGAGGAGGAGGAUGAAGAAGAGAAGUAGGAGGCCAAUGAAAAGGGGCCAGAAGGGUGUGUGAGGGUACCAGGGUCCAUACCCUACAGCGCCACAGCUCAUCCCCCUUCCCCAUCCCAACCUAUCCAAAUGGAGGCAGCCAGAGUCUGAUUGGGGUUCAGUUUGUCUGGCAAGUUUUCACAGACAUCAAUUAGCCAGGAGUAUUAGUCCAGCAGAUAGAGCUUUCUGGACUGAAAAUUGGGUCCUCUAGCUGCCCAGCUCACCGUGGCUUACCUGACUGGCCUGUGAGCUCAGGCCUCUGGCAUCUCAUUGUCUGGGCUGCUGUUGUGUUGACCAUGGGAGGGUUCUAGGAGCUCUAGAAGAAGGAAGGCUUGCUGAAGCCCCCAGGAAGCAGAGCAGGGCAGGGAAUGCCCUUGUGGAGGGAAGUAGUCACUCCUCAGACCCUUUGACUCCCCAGCCUUCCCAGGUGGCCAUGUAGUCCUGUCUCUCUGUGGAAAGCCUGACUUCUGGCUUCACCCCAAGGAAUACCAACAGCAGAUCCAUGCAAGGUUGGGGUGCCUUUUUGAUGAGUCUUACAGGAACGGAAGGGGCUGUGUAGAGAAUCGGCUUGCUCUGGGGAUGCCCCCCCCCCCAUUUUGCCUGCUGUCCAUUGAAGUCUGUGUGUUGGCAUGAGAUGAAUCAGGAGAAAAAUAAACUGGAUGGUGUUUUCCUUUUUCUUGGAA